UAUAUAUGGUCCCUAAGAAGUGCCCUAAAGUUCAUGCGUGCAAGAUAUAUUGGUUAGGUAUUUGAAAAUUGAAAACCAUAAUAUUCAUAUGUGCAACUUUAUCUUCCCAAGAUCAUUUUGCUAUCAAUGAGUGAAGGUGGAAAAGAAAUGAUUCAAGAUCAAAUUAAGCUAUACAAAGAGCUUCAUGCCAAAGAUAAAGAUGAAGGCAGCUGGGUGAUCAUGGAAGGUGGUCAUGAUAAUAAUGAUGAUAGUAAUAUGGAAUCAUCAACAUCCUCCCUUGAAGACUCAAGGAUUUCUAGUGGAUCAACAUCAUCAUCAGACAUGGUGGAUGAUGCAUCUUCAUCAACUUCAUAUUCUCUAUCCUCCUCACAUUCUAGUGGACCUUUGUAUGAAUUGUCAGAACUCAUGGCCCAAUUACCCAUCAAGAGAGGACUCUCCAAGUACUUUCAAGGCAAGUCUCAGUCUUUUACAUCUCUCUCAAGGGUUAUGAGCAUAGAAGACCUUGCAAAAAAGGAAACUCCUUAUAGAAGGAAAAUGAAAUCAUGCAAGAGCUAUGGAGGAGGAUUGGAUGCCCAGAAACCAUACACCCUUCCCAAGGCUACCAUCUAUAAGAAGAGUAGAGGUUCUUUGUCAUCUUUAUCUUUAUCCGGUAGAAGAGGAAGUUUCUUAAGUAUUAGUAGGCCCCCUCCAAUUCCUGUACAGAAGAAUAUUUAACUUAUCAAGACUUGAUGAAACAUACAUGUUUUUUUCGGGUAGAGUUGUAAGGGUGAAGAGCAUGUUUUUUUCAGGCAGAGUUGUAAGGGUAAAGAGCAAGUGAAUACAAACUUUAUGAUCAUGUAUUCAGAAAAGUAUAUAUCACUUUCUGUGUUUUUUUUU